UUUAAUUUCUAGAAAUUACUCUGCUGCUGUUUUUUAAGAUUUUCAAUAAAAUUAAUCAAGAAAAAAUAUAAAAAAUCACGUGAAAAAUGUCCGAAGAAGUCACAAUUGAUCGCAAGCUAAUCGACAUCUUCGACGAAGCCUACCACUUGUAUGAUUCCUUUGAAGUUCGUCAGGACCCCACAAAUAGCGAUUCCUUCCAAUCGGAUAUCAAAAAGUGCAUUCAUUUGUUCGAAGAUGCCACACGUCUCGUGAGUCUUUGUGGCGUUUUCAGCUCGAACGAAAGUCACGAGGAGAUAGCAACAACUGACUUGCGAUAUUUGCUUCUUCCCUUCUUCCUGGCACAAUUGAAUCUUAAAUUGUGCGGCGGGAAUCGAAAGGAAUGCGUGGAAGUUGCGGAAAUUUAUUACAAGGACUUCUUGAAACGAUGCCUCGAGUAUGGUUUGUACGAAGAAGAAAGUUCGCGUGACAUGGAAGUGACUCGUGCCGCACCGAAAAACGAAUUCGAGCAAUUGCAACAAAUGGCAGCGACGAGAGAACAAAAAUUGCAAAAAUAUCGCGAAAAGAAGGAACUCGCCGAUCAAAUUAAACAACUUAAAAUCGCAAUUUCCGCUGAACAUAUCGACGACGAUGUCAAACGCGAAUUUUAUUCGAAGCUUUUGCAGUCGUGCAUCAUCGAGGCAAAAGACGAACUUAUCACAAUCGAUCAGGAAAAGGCGAUUCUCGAACAUUUGGCGAGACGCGAACCCGAAGGAGCCCACGCCAUGAAGCCAAAACACGUCAACCCUCCAAAACCUCUAAAACCGAUAAUUAUCACGAAGGAUUUGGUCCAGAAAGCUGUCUAUGGCGCCGGAUAUCCGUCAUUGCCAACACUAACGGUCGAAGAGUUCUAUGAGCAACGUGUACGAGAAGGAAUUUGGAUGGAUCCCGAACAAACGAAGAAAGCACAACAAUUGGCACUGCAAAAUCGGACAGACGAAAUGGAAAAGGAGCUCGAAGAGCAAGAUGAAAUACAAAAGGAAGACCAAGUGGAGAACGACGAUCCCGAAUAUCUGGAAAGAGCUCGUGCGAUGGACGAUUGGAAAGAUGAUCAUCGUCGAGGAUUCGGAAAUCGUCACAAUAGAAGUUAAGAAUUUAGUAUUUUUAUAAAAAAAAAAACGCUGUUGCAUGGAAAUUUUAGUAAUAAAAACAAUGAAUGAAUAAAUAUGUGUGAA